UGCUCUAUAGGAAAAGUGCAAUGAGAUGACUUCUGUUAUGAACUGGCGCUAUAUAAAACUGAAUUGAAUUAACAUAAAGCACAUCAUACUCAUCCAGUGGUCCAGUCAAGACAAAAUAGAAAACUGUUAUGGAAGAAACAUCCCAAAGCAAGGAGUCAGUAAGGCAAAGAAGAAAGUUAAGAGGCUGGCAGAAAGAAGAAAAAAAGGAAAGGUUUAAUGUUGAACAGAAGGUGGAAGGGAUAAAGAAAGUAGGAAAGGCAGAGCACAACAAAUUCUAGACUGAAAAUCUCACUCUCAUCUCAAACCAAAAGGUGUUUGAGGCAGAAAGAUUGAAGACGAGAUGAAACCAAAAGAUAAGUAAACCCACCUAUUAAAAAGGAAAAGAAUAAUAGGAGCAUGUACAGCAGAAAGUAUUACAGAAGGAAACGAAGCAAAGUAAAAAAAAAAAAUAAUUUAAUGUCAAAGAGAACAGCUUGCUUAGCUCUGAUGUACUUGUAAGAACUGAGACAAAAAGGUUGCAAAGUUACAGGAGGACUGGGAGACCUCAAAAACAGGAGAUGAAACAUGUUGGCAUAGCAUUGAUAUUCCAGGUCUCACUCUGUCUUAAUGUAUUGGGCAACAAACAGCCUGCUGUCAUUUAAACCCAUUGCUAGUCUGCCUGUCUGUCUGACCAUCUCCAAGGCAACCAAGUGUAAACCAACAGCAGGAGGCGUGCAGGGAAAAAAGAAGAAAGGAGCAAAAACAUUAGAGCAGAGAGUCUGUUAAAAAGGAUCAAAGGUUUGCUUGUCAAAUGUCCACAGAAGGUCAGAUAAGACAUAUGGCUGGAUUAGUUCAUCAAGGAAUGUGAAGGACGGGAGCUAAACAGAUGACGUUGACAUCACUACCAUCUGACUGGGAAACCUGUGAACAAUGGAGAGAAGUGAGAAGAGAGAGAAAAGGAGUGUUGAUGAGAUGCUGAAAAGAGAGCAGGAGGAGGAAAAUGAAGAAGUCCUGGUCGUGAGCCUUGGACAAGAGGUGGAUGGCCAGGAGGAGCUGGAGGUUUCAGACACUGAAGAUGAGGAGGAGGAAGGGUCCACUCCCCUUAUCACUGCCUGUCGUAAAGGCAUGACUGAGGUGGUACAGCGGCUGCUGAGGGCCGGGGCUGAUAUGACCCUGUGUAACUGCAGCCAGCAGACAGCGCUCCACAUAACCCCUCCUGAGCUCCAGGGAAAAGUGUUGGGGUGGAUGUCGAGGCCUCAUCUGCCUCCCCAGGCACAGCUGCUGCAGGCUGCCUGGCAGGGAGACCUGCACUCCUUACAGCACCUGCUGGCUCAGACAGACAGGGUGGAUGUGAAUGUCCCUAACAGCGACGGUGUGACAGCAGUGAUGCUUGCAGUUAGGGAUAUUGACCUGUUUGAAGGCAUAAUGACGCCGUUGCCAUGGGAACACAGACCUGUGGAAGUGGUCAAGGAACUGCUGGCACUCUCAUCUGAUCUGCGGGUACGAGACCACAGUGGCUGUUCUGCUCCCCACUACGCUGCUAACACCAACAGCCCUCUGAAGGAGGAGAUUGUUCAUAUGAUGGUCGAGGCCCUAAGUCAAACAGAUGCUGCCCCCAUGUUGCUCCUAGCCCCUGACAAAAACUCAUGCCAGGAUUUGGACUCAGAGUUUGGAGAUUUGGAUGUUGAGUUGGACCUUGCGAGCCUUUAUCCUUCAUAUCAAUCGACAGCUGCAUCCCCCACGCAGACACCAACCUAUCAGCACCGCUUUCUACUGUACAGCCACACAGGGGAAGUGCUAGAGUCUUCAGAGAACCCUCCUCUAUCUGACCAUCAUAAAGGGCUCAGCCAAGAUAAGGGGAUCCCCCUCUGUUUCCAAAACGCCAUGGAAACACUGAGAGACAUCAGGCAAGCCUACCAGGAUGCAGGGAGGGGAAGCAGAGGAGGUUUGUUUCUGCCGAGCCUGAACGACAACAGCAGAUGCUGGAGCCAUCUGGAUCCUGCUCCCUCAUCUGGUUUGCUGAGUACCAGGACCUCCUGCCUGCCGGUACCCCCUAGACACAGACCGAGAACAAGAAGUGUGGUUGCUGCAUUCCCAUCCUCCCCUGGCCUGCUGUCUGUGGCUGAGUCCAGCCAGCUCAGCCAAUCAGCCCCCAGCAACAUGGAACCACUACUGUGUUCAAACACUAUGAUGCAGGCCAGAGCACACAUCCAGACCCGACUGGGUUCUCAAGAUACUGUGAAUGAACAAAAGUUCUCGCAGGGUCUUUUGCCUGCUCCGCAUCCCAGAACACCCAAGCUAUUGGUUCCACUAGACAGCAGACCCAGGGACAUUGCAGCUCUUCCAGUACUAAAGCACCACGUUCCCCUGAAGCCCAUCAGCCGGAGCCCCCUUUCCUCAAGUACCCGGCUGAGGAGAGGGAGGCUAUCCUGGGGCAGCCCACGCACCAGCUCUCUGACCACUAAGGGUGGUAGUGAGGAGAGCGGGUCCAGCAGCAGCAGCAGCAGCAGCCAGAGUUCCAUCGAUCUGGAGGAUGAGGAUGACGAAGAUGAGAGGGAUACACAUGAAAGAGCUUCAGGAGAGAGCCAUUUAAAGUUUGUUGGAGACAGGUUGUUGCAGCAUUCGAAUGAUGUGAGCUCCACUGAGGCUGAUUUGGUUGGGGAGACAAGGCAGCGUUUUAAAGUUCAGUCAAGGAUCGGUCAUAUUCCACCAGUCCACAGAUCAGCACAUAACCUGGAUGGAGAGCCUAUCAGUAAAACUAGUGAUCUUCUCAGCACUGAAAAAGCUAUAAACUCUCACUGUGAAGGCAAAGCCACCAAUAUGAAUUGUACAAAAGGGCUUGUUGACAGUCAGCCCUUUAUAAAAUGUAACUAUGCACAACAAGGAGACACUAUGAAUCAUACUAAAGACACUGUGAACAAUGAAAUACCUAUCACAUCAAAGUCUAAAGAGGAAAAGAACAAUGUGGGCUACACCACAGAACCUGAGACUGAGAUUAGCCAUGGGAUAAAAUUUAAUAUGAAGAAUGACCAGGGUGAUGCUAUCACAUGCUCUGAAGAUAUUUACAGAACUGACUUGCAGCAUAUAAAACAGACAGAAAGAACAAUGAAGGAUUCCUGUUAUGAAGAAACCCAGGUAGAUAACCAAGUCCCUCGUAGAGAGGAGGAGAGAACUCAAUUAUUUACUCCAGCUGUAAAGCUUUCGCAGACAGACAUGCAUCCCAAGAGAGGUGAGAGGAUGUUGAAAGCCUUAAAGCCUGUCCGGAACAAGGAAAGAACCAGCAUGAAUUGUGAACUAAGAGCAAAUAUUCAAACGAGUCAGCAGUCCUGCAACAUAAUAUCACACAAAGACCGAAGCAUCCUGAAUAGGAAGUCCAAAAACAAUCUGAAGCACUCCCCAAUGUCCGCACAAGUUAAAGAUAAAACCAGGAAAAGCCCCGAGCUACUAAUUAGUGGAGAGACAGUUACAAAAGUAAAAUCAAAGCUUAAAUCUGUUAAAGGUGCUCAUUUACCGGCCACCCCAUCACCACGAAAGAAGGUUAUUGAUCAUGCACAGAGCAAAAGAGCAAAUCCUGACAAGUUGAACAGCAACAGAGCUCAACAGCACCCACCAGUGAGGGAGCUAAAGAGCACCCAGCAGCUGGAGAGACCCGGUCUAGCGGGGACACCAAGGUCUAAAUCUGCUGUGGACUUCAUCACAUACAAAGACAUGUUUCAGCAGAUACAGAGUGGGGAUGAAGGACCGGCAAUCUAUGAGAUGUUUGCUGGUCCUGUCUAUGAUAACCUUCGAGUUUCCAGCUCCUGUGAGAAAUUUAAGAAAAGACAAGUGCAGUCUGCUCCAUUUAGGAAGACCCAACAGUGGCAUAAAGUCAAACACAGACCAUUGAAACAAGCACAGAGUAAGCUGAGGAGAAGUGCGGGGGAGAGUAUGGUGGUUUCAGCUAAAAGCAAACCAAAACUUGCGUCCUCUAGGGUGAAACCUCACCUCACACCUGUAUCAAGGAAAGGCACACACAAAAUGAAGGCUAUGCCUAUAUCGGAUGUGCAUACAGGGGCUGAGUUAGCUCUCUCUAAGGAUGUUGACAUUUGUCAUAAUAGUGCUCAAGAAAAGGCUGAAGUUCAUAUGUUAUCUACCAUAGAGGAAGCUCUUUCUUGUAGAUUUGGGUCUGAAACAUUAAAAUCAGAUGACAAAACAUUGACUACGCCAGUAACUUCAUCUCAUGCUGAAGAUUGUAGUCACAUGCACAUGAAUCUGCAAGAAAAAAAUGGGAAUUCAUCAAUAGGAAACCCAAACCGACCGGUUCCAGAGCCCAUGUUAUCUCCAAGCCCCCAAAUGCUGAAGAUCAACACUUGUCCAUCUUCUAGCAGUAGCAGCCACACCAUUAUGUCACCAGUUUACCAGAAGUUUCUGGAUGAGGUGGGGGACGGGCUGCUUACAGAUGAGCUGCUGCAAUGUCUGGCUGAGGAGCUGAUCUCAUUGGAUGAGAGGAAUGUAUCCAUUGGCCCGUGUCCUGAAAACCUGGAACCAAACAAAGAGAAGUCCAACAGAGAAGACGAUCCUGUAUCAGAAAGAAAUGCAUUUCCUGAGGUUAAUUCAACAGACAGUGCUGCUCUGCUUGGCUCUGGGUUGGUUGUAGAUGACACCAUCACAUGGACAAAGGGUGAAGUGCUCGGCAGGGGAGCCUAUGGGACAGUGUACUGUGGCCUGACCAGCCAGGGCCAGCUGAUAGCUGUGAAGCAGGUGAGCCUGGAUGCCUCUGACCCUGAUGCUGCACAGAGGGAGUACAGUCGUCUGCAGGGGGAAGUGGAGCUGCUUAAAACCCUCAGACACACCAACAUUGUCGGCUUCCUGGGGACCUCACUUCAUCAGCAUGUGGUUUCCAUCUUCAUGGAAUACAUACCAGGAGGAUCCAUCGCUAGCAUCCUUCACAGGUUUGGUCCUCUACCAGAGCGUGUCCUGGCUCUAUACACCCAUCAGAUCUUGGAGGGGGUGGCCUACCUUCACCUGAACAGGGUGAUUCAUCGUGACUUGAAGGGAAACAACGUCAUGCUGAUGCCAACUGGCGUAAUCAAGCUCAUAGACUUUGGCUGUGCACGCCGUCUCAGCUGCCUGAACCACACUGCUAGCAACAGCGGAGAUCUGCUCAAGUCUGUCCAUGGCACUCCUUACUGGAUGGCACCAGAGGUUAUCAAUGAGACAGGGUAUGGCAGAAAGUCAGAUAUAUGGAGUGUGGGUUGCACCGUGUUUGAGAUGGCCACAGGGAAACCACCAUUGGCACACAUGGACAAGAUUGCUGCCUUAUUCUAUAUCGGGGCUCAAAGAGGGUUGAUGCCCUCCUUACCAGAUGGGUUUUCAGAUAACGCCAAGGAUUUUGUAAAAAUCAGUUUGACAAGUGACCAGAGAUUACGGCCAUCUGCAGACCAGCUGCUGAAGCAUUCAUUCAUCCCCCAAAAUGAGACUGGAGUGAACUCUUGGGAAACACAAAAAAAGAACUGCUGUGGUCACCCAGAGGGACUGUGUGGUUAACAAGGAGUUACACAUGACAGAAUAUUUUUGAGUACAAGGGGAAAUUUAAUGAUUCAAUUCAGAUUGGCGACUCAAAACAUAAAGUAUUAUUUUGUGACCAUUUGAGGGCCUGCCACCUAACCCCAGUGAUGCACCAGUAGUGUGUUUGGGAGCAUGGCUCAUGUCCCAGACCUUUCUGGAAACUACAGUACAAAGUAUAUCAAGGAGAAGAAACUAUAGUCAUUGCAUUCAUAAACUUAACUUUUAUACAUUUCACUUGAUAGAACCUAACAAAUGUGAACAAAUAGAUGCCAGAUUUCUGUUGCUGACUUUUGGUAUUUCCAAUAGCAAUUUUAUAAAUGUGCCAAAAUUAUAAAUACCUUAAUUUUAAAUGUAUACAGUGUACUCUAGGUCUCUGUGCUGUGAUAUAUUUAGGUUCUGAUAAAAUGUGUCCAAUCCAUAUUGCACUAUACAUUAUGACAUAUACAAGUACAUUUUCAUAACCUACAUUUUUCAGUGCUGAGAAUGUUAACUACUUCCUGUUAGGUUUCCUCUGAUGAGUUAGAGGAAUCAUUGUGUAAAAUUGUGCUUAAAAGACAUGCCACUCAUAAGAACUUACUUUAAGCUACUGUAAAAUCAUGUCUCAUGUUCAAAUCUAUAAAUCAGUAUGUUUAUUCACUUCUAGACUUUAGUAACAUGGAUAUAUGCAGAAUAAAAUGACAACAACCAGGAUUUAUACUGAGUCAGGGUAGUGGCAACUUUGAAGUUUAUUCAUAAUAUGAAAUGAAAAGAAAAAUGGAUGUAAAGAGUGGCUUAUGCAAAUUUGUCCACAAUGGCUUUUGUUCUGUGUGCCCAACUGUAAAUCCCUAACGAGGGUACAACCAAUCUAGCCUCAGGCUUAUUGGGAAUUUUGCACUUUAAAAUAAAUGAGUAACCUAGUUAAGAACA